AUGACAUUAAUUGGUAUACCACGUGGUACACCUCAAAUUGAAGUUAUGUUUGAUGUUGAUAGUAAUGGUAUUUUAAAUGUUGCAGCUGAAGAUAAAACUUCUAAAAAAGUUGAAAAAAUAACUAUCACCAAUGACAAAGGUCGUCCCUCUCUAAAAGAUAUUAAUAAAAUGGUUGAAGAUGCAGAGAAAUUUAAAGAACAAGAUCAACAACAAAUUUUGAAAGUUUAUUUUACAAAUUAUUGCAUAAAUAAAAAAAAAAAAAAAGAUUUACAAAAUUUUAUUUAA